CAUCAUGUAAACAUCAGGCAAACUGCAACGAAGAAGAACGAUUCCGGAAGUUAGUGUCCAUCAGCGAAAACUUCGGGAUAGAAAACAAAUCAUUUUAUUGUAAAAUGGCUUUUGUGUCCAACAGUGAUGAUUUAUUUGACUCCAUCAUCAUGGCCGAUGACAGGUUUCAUGAUGAAGGCUAUCAGGAAGGCUUUGAGGAGGGCACUCGUCAGGGAACCCUCGAGGGCAGGAACCACGGGCUGCUACACGGAGCUAAACUCGGCGCAGAGGUUUCUUUUUAUUAUGGAUUUGCCCUUGCCUGGAAAUGUCUCCUUCAAAACAAUAGUGAUGUUAAAACAAGAAAAAGGCUGAAAGCUAUGGAAUCUUUGAUUGGCGUGAUCCAAAACUUCCCAUAUGAGGAUCCUCAGUAUGAGAAACUUCAAGAGGACAUGGAAAGGGUGCGUGCCAAGUUUAGACAGGUGUGCUCUUUACUGAACGUGGCAACAGACUUUAAAGAAUAUGUGAGUGGAUCAACAGGAAUGUCCUUCUGAGAUGGCAGGAGCCGUACAGCAGCCGAGAGAAACUCAGAGCGCCUCCAGUCCUCCUGUGAUGACAGACAGUCCUGAUGAAGGGGUUUGUGAUGUUCACGUGCCGUGUGUAUAAGAGUGGACCGUUAUCACUCUCACUCUGGACUCGUGAUGCAGGAUUCUGGAUUCUGGAACAGCUCUUUAAACUGACAGCGUGGAAGAAUUUGAGUGCUAUUCUUAGGUGUUUGAGGGUUUUAAAGUCAGAUCAAGAGGGGUGAAAUAGCAAUGGUAGUGAUUUGAGUUAAUUUAAUAUACCACCAUCUUCAUAAGAUUAUUCCAUCUCCCAAGAUGUUUUUUAUUUUAUUUUAUCAAUUUCAACCCUUCUUUGUGUUGAUUUCUUAAAAGAAGGUGGCUAAUAACACCAUCUUGUGGUGAAAUUUGGAGACAGGUUUUAGCCAUCAGGUGGCCCCGCCUGCUGGUAAACUGCAAGUACUGCAGAAUUGUUACUUGUCAAAUCAGUAUUUAACUGGAUAUAAGCAGCACAGACAGUUUAGCAAUUAUAGAUUUUACAUACAGUUUAUGACUCUUCAAAUGACUAUAUUGUUAAUUCCAUGUCUAUAAUAAGAGACAUUUCAGAAUAAAAUAAAUACAUUGAUCAUA